AUGGGCAUUGAAAUACGCCCCAUCACCGCAGCAGACAUCCCGUCCGCGGUGGAAUGCAUCCAACUGGCAUUCGCCGAUGAUCCCUACCACCUGUGGGCCUUUGACGCCGCCCGGUUCAACAAGGAGCGCAACUUUGCCAGUCUCAAGGCAAAAUGUGAGUGGGGGAUGCGCAACGCAUUGUUCUUCGUGGCCAAGGAUCCCGAUGACAAAGAUGGCAGAGUGCUGGGAGUCAGCAUGUGGAUGAAGCCGAGAAACGUCAGCCAAAAGCAGACCUGGUCCGAGUGGAUCGACGACUACGUCCUCUGGUUCAAACAGGGGUGGAAUCUGCUCCGGUACCAGGGCCGCGGCGGGCUGAGGACGGAACGGUAUUGGAUCUGGAAGCGUGAGCAGGCUGUGGCUCAGUCAGAAAUCUGGACCGACCCCGAGGGAUACUACUUCUGCAACAUCGUCACCGUCCGGCCAGGCAUCCAGGGCCAAGGGAUCGGGCGCCAGCUCUUCGGGAUCGUCACCGACAUGGCCGACAAGGAAGGGCGCAAGUGCUAUCUGGAGUCGUCCAAGGAGAAACCCAACAUCGCGAUCUAUGAGAAGAUGGGCUUUCGGCUAGCCCGCAAGAUGGUCUGCGAGGAGGGAGGGGACGUCUGCGACCUCUUCUGUAUGGUCAGAGAACCACAGCCCAGGCCGUGA